AUGCCACCAAAGAGACCUUGCCCAGACAGCGACAACGAGCCACGCAAGAGGCACGCCUCUGAAGCCGACGUCCGACCCAAAGCAACCCCAUCCACCCCCAGAGCACCUGGUCCUCGCCGCGCGACCACUGCUGGCUUGACCGAUGGCGUGCAGGACCUCAAGCUUUCCCCUGCGCAGGAGGCCUUCCGCCGGAGAGUUGAUGAGGCAGCGAAGGGAACACCACGUUUCCUGUUCAGGUUCUGGAGCCACCGGUCUGGAGGCAACAAAGAGCUCAAUACUGUCGAUGGUAUCAUUCCGUUGGCAUUUUUGGGUCGCAAAGGGCCUGUCAAGUCGUUCUACCAAAUGUGUCCGGAAAAGCUUGGACAUUUGGCAAGAGAGCACGUGAAAACGGCUCCGUAUAUCAAGACGGUGUACUCAUUUUGGUCGCAGUCACUUGACUUCGUUCUUAACUGGGCACAAAACACGAAGCAUCAGUCCACCCACAUCAGCAUUUUGGAUACGGCCCAAGUCAACAAGUCUAAUAUCAUUCUCCACACCAAUGCUGUCAACCAGCUUUUCGGUCAUGUCGGAGUCUACGAGCACGAAUACCUGAUCUGUGGUACCAUAAGUGGACCAGCAUAUAGAGCAGUGCCGUUGGAAGAUUUUCUGCCAUGUCCCCGCGCCAUUGCCACCAAAACCGACCCGACGAACCUCGAGCACGCCACCUUCAUGAAAACGGCCAACAGAAUUCUCCAGAUCGCUCGAGGGUAUAGCGGCGGCCUUGAGCUUCCCAUCGCCGCACACCUGAUGGGUUUCGUGAUUGGAGACAGGGAAGACACCAAGAUGCGUCAGCAGUUCCUGCUCACCCACAUCUCCAGAUCCCUACCGAUUCCGGCGGAGUGGAUCAAUGAUCCUACAAUCGUGGAGCCUGAGGUGAACUACCGCGGCGUUUCGGAAGCACAUAGAGCGGCCAUGUACCUCAGCGAAAUGGUGAAGUUGAAGCUGGGCGGUCGGAAGAGUGCGUCAACCACAGGCAUCGCGAAGAACAGUCGAGGACCCACCGAUGCAGAGAUUCAGAAGGCAACGGACUCUGUGGUCAACUCACCUCGCGUUCCCGAACAGACCAAGAGAACUUAUCCUCGCAUGGUCACUGAACUCCGCAUUCGCCUCACGGGUUGGGAGUGGACCAACGAGACGAUCGAGGAGUACAAGAAGGGAAAUCCAUAG